CGAGCACGCCACAUGCUCCUUAAAAUUUCUGCCAUAUUUCCCCGUUCUUUUUUCACUCUCUCGUGUCGAGUUCGUACUAUUUACCCUUUUCUCUCUUUCUCGUCUUCUAUGUAUCUAGCCUGCUAGAAGUUAGAAGAGAGUCAAGAGACCCCCUUCGUAAUUUGAAACGCCUCAAAGUAGCAACUUUCCUCUCUUCAACGGUUAAAAUGCAUCACAGCAGUUUAGCUCGGCAGGUACUUGCGGCCUAAUCACCAUAAGCCUUCCCCUAGGAGAAGAGCGAAAGACUGAAGAUGAGUGGAUUUUUUCAUACGGCAUGGGCGCACUUCUGUAAACUAAUAGUGGUUUCAAGGCCUGUUGAGAAUUCGUUGCUAGAUGGAGCUAAAGCAGUUGCAGCCCGAGUCUCAAUAAUAAAAGAUAAGGAUGGUAGGAGAAUGAAGGCUUGCUGUCCUGUUUGUUUAAUGGCUAUCUCCGUGGACCACACCCUACAAGCUUCUGAUCUGAGAAUGUCACUGGCUAUACACUUACGUUUAUAUCACCCCGAUGAUAUAAACUUAAUUUGGGAGGUUAUGCACAAUAGGCGAGACUCUUCUGUACACAUGCCCUCGUUCUUCCUUGGUGUUGGCAUGGCUGCUGGAGUUGGAGCCCUCAGUCUCUUGACAAAAAACCGGGUCAGACCAUCUCAUAAUAAAAGGUAAAAGGGCAGAACAUCGAUUACAGUGUGCUGUUGAUUACAGUGUGCUGCUUGGAAGUGAUAGAGAAGGCUAAGAAUGUUCUGUAGAUGUGAAUGUUUAUGUAUGUUUUAUUUAUAUUGUUCAAUUUUAUUCAUUAUGAAUUCGCUGGUCUGUUACCAGUUUUGACCCUCCAUAAAGUGUUGUUUUGAUUGUUAUAUACCCGUGUAUGUUUUAUGUUGCUCUCCUAGAUGUUUUUUUGUUCUUGUCUGUUUUACA